AAAGCUCCACCAUGCUUUCAUGAAUGUUGUUUUCUGUGCGCUUUUGGUGAUGACAGGUGAACUUCGUCAAUUAUUGCUUUCGAAAUUGGCCUAAUAGCCUUUAAGAUGACUUUAUGAUUCGAAGCAGUGCCUAGUGCGCAAGCGUAGUUAAGAGUAUUGUUGUAUCAAUAUAUAACAAGACGAAUAGAAGUGUAAAUAUUGUGAGGGUAUUUCUGGUGGGAAUAUGGCGACGUCUACAGAGUCCAGUGCCAAUAUUCCCGGUAGAAAAGAGUCCCCUGCCGCGUCUUCGUGGGCUGGCAUCGUUGGUGGAGGAAAGAACGAUAUCCCUGUGGAUAGUCCCAAGACUUGUGAUGAACAGAAAACGUUAACUUUGGAUACUGUGGAAACAGCUACCGCAACAUGCGACGGCAACCCCCCCGACCAUUCUAUGUCGAAUAAUGUGGGACCCCCCGAAGAUGAAUUAGAUCCGUCAGAGUUGGCACAGUUUACAGAAAUACGUAACAGUAAAAAAGAACGUUUCAAGAGACGUCAGUGGAGAGGCAGACGUGGGGGUGGAAGUCGCACAACCAGAGGCGGGGACAGGGAAGACUGGGAAGGCAAACCACCACCCUCGCAAGCAGAGGCCAGACCUGAAGGGGUAGGACCAGGACGAGGGCGUGGAAAAAGACCCGCACGAGAAACGACCCCAAAGCUCACGAAUGGACCCGCUGAGAAAGAAGACGAGAACCGGGAACCAGAACUUCUGGACGAGGCCACAUGUGAUGAGGACAAGGUCCAGUACAUCCCUGCCCCAGCACCAAGUGUCAAUAUUUGGGAGAAACGACAAGGUGUCAAACGCCCUGCUCAACAGAUUGGUGAGUCUGGUUGUGUGAGUCACAUUCUGGAGAAUGGUAUAAGUGUGCUGACUGGUAAUGAAGACAUAGACAAGGAAAGUAGAAUACCUAUCAUUACAAUUGGCCCAGAGGUCACUACAGCUACAGUGGUGGAAUCAUCAGUACCUGUAGAAGAGACAGAAAAAGCUCCUGCUGCACCACCCAAACCAGAACCCUCAUCUACUGUUGCCAAUACCACCACCACCACCACUACCACCACCACUAUAUCUUCUCCUUGCACCUCAGCAUUCUCAUCAUCAUCUUCCAAAACUACCACCACCAUCUCCACCUCCUCUUUGUCCUCUUCUUCCUCCUCUUCCUCCCCAAGGGAACCCAUGCCUGUCAACUCUUCCAACGAUAAUCAGGUAGCUGUGACUCAACCAACUCCAUUGGAAACCAAAAAAUUAGGAUCCAUCUUCAAUCAGAACAGCAGCAAGACCUCUCCUCCACCUUCAACAAAUAACAGCAAAAAUAAUGUUAAGGAUAACUCCUUGAACAAUGUAGGAGAUUGGCCAACAUUAGUUGAGGUUCAACAAGCUCAGGAAGCUAUUCACCUACAACAGAAUUCUAAAACAGAAUGGAGAAAGAGUGAAGAGAGAAAAGUGAUGAAAAAUGGUAAGAAUUCUGAUGUAGAUAAUGAAAAGUCCGAAGAUUCAGGUUCGCAUGAUGAUGAUUCUCUCAAGGAGAAUCGUGAGGCUUCGUCAUCACAGACUAAAAAUAACAAAAAGCAACAGCCUGCCUCUACAAGAGAGGCAAAGAAUAAGAAAAACAAAAUUAAGAAACAGAACUGGAAGCCUUUAGAUAUCCAACCACUUAAAAGGGAAAAAGGUUUCCGUCGCAAUGAUGGCAGAGCCUCAGACUCCUUGGACUGGAGAGCAGAUUCUCGUCCAGUAAGCAGUUUAUCAAGAGGAAGGGGAGGUGGUCGUGGUGGAGUCAUCCGUAGUGGUAGGGGCCGUGGAAGAGGAAUGAGAGGCAUUGGUAUAGGAGGAGGAGGGCAGGGUCCAAGAGGGACAUUUAGAAGUCCAUCAACUGAACCUUUUGAAAACUUUGUAGAAUAUUCAGAGGAUCAAAUUCCUCCCUAUCCACAGAUUCCAGAUUAUAUUCUUCAGGACCCAAGUUUGAUGCAGUAUUUUGUUCCAUCGAUUGGCUUCAUCUUCCCAGAAUAUACUGAAGAUAAAGUAACAGUCAAGGACAAAAUAAAGAAGCAAGUGGAAUAUUACUUCAGUGAUGAUAAUCUUGCUAAUGAUAUAUUCAUGAGAAGGAAGAUGUCAAAAGAGGGAUAUAUCCCAGUAUCACUUAUAGCCUCUUUCAACCGUAUGAAGCAGCUGACUCAGGAUGUGAAGUUAAUUAUUGAAGCUUGCAAGACUUCUGAACGCUUAGAAGUGAAGGAUGAAGUAUGGUUGAGAACGAAGCAUGAACCAAAAAAGUGGCCUCUCGAGGACGCAGCUGCUCGGGCACUUCAGGCUUUGAUAAUGCCACCUACAGUAACCCCAACCAUUCCUUCACCUUCUCCUUCACCUCUUACCACCACUGAUGCUUCUACAGUGCCAGCUGUAACUAUCCCCAUCACUGAAAAUGGGUCUGAACCUACAUAUACCCCAGAAAUGCCAGUGUGUGUUUCUCCAUCUGGUUCUCAUUCUGUUACUGCCAUGAAUCCAGAGGUUCCAGAGUUCACUCCUCACCAAGCAGAGCUGAACCCUGCUCAACCAGAGUUUGUUCCUUCUGAAUCGCAAGUUAGGAUAGACUGUAAUAUCACUGUUAGUCAGGAAGAAUCAGCUAAUAUAACUACAAAUAAAAUGACAUCAGAGCUGACAAGAGGACCCAGGAGAAUGGUGAGCACAGCAGAAAAAGUAGAGGAAGAAGAGUGGAAAGAGGUUAAAAAGAAAAGUCGUGUGCGAAGAGAUAGUGAAACUAAGGAUAAAGAUCAACGUCUUCAGAAAGGUGGUGUAGAAAAGGCAUGCCCCCAGGAAACUUUAGGAUUUGCGAAGGAUACUAGAGAAGAGUUGGACUUCCAGUUUGAUGAGGAAUUAGACAUUUUGCCAAAGGCUGGACGCCAGCAUGACUUCAGUGAAUGGUCAGAUGAUGAGAAUGACUAUGAGAUAAGUGACCAGGAUGUAAAUAAGCUGUUGAUUGUCACGCAGUCACCACCAUCAGCAGCUGGCACCGGAACAGGAACAUCGGUUUCAUCACGGCCCCCUAAGCAUGAAGGAUUUGACCGAACUGGUGAUUGGACAACGAGAACAAAAAUUACCCAAGAAUUAGCGAAAGUGAUCAAUGAUGGACUCUAUUACUAUGAACAGGGCUUAUGGGAAGAUAGUGAGUGGUUUCCCCAGUCAUCAGAACAGCACACAGCAGCUAUGCAGCAGGUGACAGUGAUAAGUCAAGAGGUGAUGGACACCUUGCGCCCCAACGUCCCACCUGUACCUGCUAACCAAGAGGUCCCUCCCCCACCCCCACCCCUUCAUCACCUUAAGGGUGCAGAAGAGCCUUUUGAAGAUAGGAUACCACCUACUCCCAAGACACCUAGAUCAAGAAAGGCAGCACGUUUCUUCCCUGUGGUGAAAGAGAAAUCCAUUGUUGAUCAGAGAACUCCAAGAAAGAAGAAGACAAGACAUUCGCACAAUCCCCCAGUAGAGAGUCAUGUUGGUUGGGUGAUGGACUCUAAAGAACACAGACCUCGCACAAGUUCGAUAAGUGACCUAAAUGCCAGCCCCAGUGAAAACCAGCUCUCAAGUAGUUUUGGAUCUGUUGGCUCUCUACCAGGUUCAUUGCCAACCUUCCAGCAUCCCUCCCAUUCUCUUCUUAAAGAGAAUGGUUUCACGCAGCAGGUGUACCACAAGUAUCGUGCUAGAUGUUUGAAAGAGCGUAAAAGGUUGGGUAUAGGACAAAGUCCAGAAAUGAAUACAUUGUACCGGUUUUGGUCAUUCUUCUUGCGGGAGCACUUCAACCGCAAGAUGUAUGAAGAAUUUAGAAGAUUGGCUAAUGAAGAUGCAAAGUUUGGUUACAGAUAUGGAUUGGAAUGUCUCUUUAGAUUCUUCAGUUAUGGCUUAGAGAAACAUUUCCGGGAGGAGAUCUAUGCAGACUUCCAAGAAGAAACUUUACGAGACUCUGACUUAGGUCAGCUUUAUGGUCUUGAGAAAUUCUGGGCAUUCCUCAAAUACUACAAAAACAGUUCAAAUCUUGCAAUACAAGACAGACUCAAGGAACGCCUUUCCAAGUACAAGAGCAUUGAAGAUUUUAGAGUUGAGAUGCCUGAGGAGUAUGAUGCUGCCAAAGAAGCUAGAAAAGCCCGCACACGUACAAGGUCAGAAAAUGAGGGUUUGGUAGUUCAGGAUGCAUACCAGAGGUACGGUUAUAACUCGGGAGGAAUCAGGGGUCGCCAGAGAAGAGCAUCUGAAGGAGACAGGGGACCUCAUGAAGCUGCAGGUGAAAUACAUCCUUAUAGAGCAAGAAAUAGGUCGGGAGGAAACACAGUUUCAAGGGUUAGUGGCUCAAGAAGUAGGCAUAACAGUGGACAGAUGCACUGGCAGAAAACUGAAAGUGGAACCUAUAGAAAACCGAAAGCAACACAGUACAAGUCUAACAUGGCUGGAUCAAAGAAUACCCAAGAUAAACCAGAGGGUAUGGUAAACAAGACACAGUCAAGCAAAACCAAUGCAGUAGUUUCAAAUAAAGUGGUCUCAGCACAAGUGCAGUGUAAGCCAUCAGACAAAAGGAACCCAGCUCAAACCAAAGAAAAGUCAGAAAACACAAGCAAAACAGAAACUGCCAAAACAUCUACUCAAAGUAGUAAAGCUAAUUUAGUUUCAGUAUCUGAGAGUAUAGGUAAAGGAAAUUCUGACUCCGUUAAACAAACAGUUCCCACUCUCAUAAAGACUAUGCCAAAAACAGCCCCAGUUCCUGUCCCCCAGUCACCUUCUACAUCAAGUAGGUAAGAUUGAGAGUGUGUGGAUGACAGCAUUGUUUUUUAUUGGUGAAACCUUGCGCUUACAUUGAUAAAAACAAAAGGCUGUACUAAAAUAAGCUGGACUCUUCUGAGCUUGUUCAUCAGUGACAAAACAGUGAGAUAGUAUUUAAACUAUAUUAGAGUAGUUAAGUUUUGAAACUGCUGGAGUAAAGUGGGUAUGUGUUAAUGUGUGUAUUUUUAUAUGCUCUAUAUAUAUAGAUUAUAUAUAUGCAAGCAUAUAAAUACAUGUAUUAUGUAAAGUUGAUGUGUUCAGUUGGUGUGGUGGAUAUAAACUGAGACUUUAUAAAUACUAACUAUAUUAUGACUGUUAAAAAGGUUUUAUGGUUUUUAACUUGAAACCAGAAUUCUUGAAGGAAGGAGCUCAAUGACAGGGUCAUUGAAGCAAUCCUUAUUAUUCCAGUAUAUUAUUGGUCUGCUGUUUUACUGAGUUCAGUUGGCUGUAAAACAGUACACAGCAGAAACAUUAUUUAAAAGUGUCAUGAGAAGUUAUUUCUUAAUGUAAAUAUUGGAUUGUUAAUAUUAAAUGCAUAAAGCUGUUCCAGAUAGAGAAAAAAAACUUUUCUUCUGAAAGAGGUAUUUGUAGUCAUAUAUAUUUAUAUAUGUGUCUAUACAAAUGGGUUUUGUAGAUGUAUAUACUGUUUACCACAGCUGUGUGUGUGCGCGCGUGCGUGCAGAUAUGUGAAAACGCCAGAUAUAUUUGCACCAUUGAUGAGAAUUUUCACCAAGUCAUGUAGACUGACUUCAAGGUGAUUGUGAUUAAUGUUUUUCUUAUCCUUUGGGGAUUGGAAUUGUGGAUAAAUUGUAAUGUUAGUACUAUAUCAACCUUUGAGUUUUGAUCAGUGAUUACCAUUGAAACUUUGCUGGCCUCCAGACUUCCCCAGCAGGUUUCAUUACAAUAUUGCACACGACAUUUCCUUUGUGAGAGUGGUAAAAAACAGAGUUGGCCUGUAGGCCAUGUUUGUAAUUGGACAAUAUGAGCCAAUGGCUGUUAAAAUGAGUUUGGUUCUGUAUGAGAAUUAAAUACAAUGUUUGUGAUUGAAGGAUUUGAGCCACUGACUGCAAAAGUGUUUGGCUAUGUAUGAAAAUAUAGUGGUGAAUGUAAUUGGUAGAUGAGCCACUGACAGUUAAGUGUUGAGCUAUGUAUGAGAAUGAAGUAUGAUGCUUUGUAAUUGGAAGAUGUAAGUCAAUAGCUGUUAGUGUUAGUCUCUGUAUUAGAAUAAAGUACAAGAGUGCAUUAUGGAGCAUAACUGAAAUUGAUGUUAUUGCUGGUAUGCUGGAUAAAAAAAUGGAGAAAAAAAAGAAAAAAAAAGUUGGUUAAUAAACUCUCAAAUGAUUGUGUAGCAGCUUAGUUUAUUUCUAUGGUGAGGCAGUUGCUUAAAAGACCACUCUCCCAAAUCAGGAUAUGAAGGCAACUUUAAAACAGUAAUACAUGUUUUUACACUGAUGGUCAAUUAACCAUCCAAGACAGUUGAACAGUAACUGACUGAUAGGCUUGAAUUGGUUUAUUUAGUAAGGGUCAUAGUUUCUGCUGGGGAUGUUAGGUAUAUUUGGACUUGGUCAGUGGUUUGUGCCUUAUUUAGUACCUCAGCAAAGCUCAAUUUUUUUCCCUGUAUUUGGAUGUUAACAAGUUUGAAUCGUAAGGCUUAUUGAAGUACUUUCUGAGGAACACAAUUCCUGAUCCAGUCUUCGAUAUUGGGAUCUUAGGUGUGUGCAUGUUCUAUGAUUCAGUUGAAGUUUUAACAAAAAUAUUUACUAUCAGUAUAUUUAUUAUUGAGAAUAUAAUGCUGUAGGUGCUUCUUUCAUGAGAAAAUCUCUUACACUAAUGAGAUUGAAAAGUAUGGAGUGUUCCAUAAUGUGAGAGGUUGAUUACUUCCUAGGUUUAUUUUUCUAAUGUUUGUAGAUGUUAUACACUAAGCAUAUUUGGCAGAUUCUCUAAAUAGGUUUCCUUUGCUUCUAUUUUUUCUGCAGUAAUGUCAUAGUACAGUAUAUAUCUAGCUUUUCAUCCUAUCACUGUUAAUUUGGAGAAGUGGUGUAAAGUUAUGUGGAAGCAUUCUGGAAUCUUAAUUUCUAGGCUUCCUUUUUGUAAAUAGCUGUUUGGAAUUGUCUUUAAUUAUAGUAGAAGCACAUGUUGCUACAGUAAUAUUUUUGUUUCUCCUUUAUAAUUUUUUGGCCAAUGGGAGGGGAGGGCGAGUAUACAUUAGUAGGGUGGGAGUGGGUUUAUGCGUGUGUUUCAUUGGUGUUGAAGGCUACACCAUUUUGAGGUUUGCAAAAGGGUCAAUGACAAUACAGGAGUGGAUAGUAAGGGAUGCGUUCGUUGUGCUGAGAUUUGUACUCUGGCCUGCUCUAAUAUUUUUGUUAUAAAUUGGUAUUGCUUUUUAUCAGCUGGCCUGGACAGGUAAGUGUAUAUACUAUGUCUUUGGUUCUUUUGGAGCAAAAUAAACCCUAAUUUUAUAGAUGCUUGGUUCUUGUGGAGCAAAAUAAAUCCUAAUUUUAUAGAUGCUAGUGUGGAAGUCUUUGUUUUUAUAUACACGAGUGAUAUCUUGAUUGCCAGAGAAAUUGAGGCCUUACGAACGCAACCAGGGUGUGCUUUACCUCAGAGGUACCACUUUGUACAUCCUCUUCUAAGCCUAGUUGAACUUUUAAAUAAGAUUUUUGUUGGAAUUAAUUUGUUAUAGCCAAUUACAGUGUUAAAUAUUAAUCAGAGUGGUUUUAUGUGAUUCCAUAGUUUUUGUUAAUGGUGUAGCUGAGCACUGCUUUUUGUUGUUCAAUUUUUUCUAUGGUUGCAUUUAAAGUUGUAUUAAUAAUAGAUCUUUGAUUGGCUUAAAAAAGAAAAGUACAAAAAGUUUUUAAUACAAUUCCCUUAAGAUGUGCAUAUAUGAAAGCCAAGUGUAUUAUUAUUAUUAUUAUUUUUUUUUUUUUUUUUGUUAUAAAAAUCCAUUGUGGUACAGUAUAGGGAUUUCACCAUUUGUCUUCUUGAUUCAGAUGCUCAUGUAUAGUAAGGUUUUAGGGUUAGAAUAUUGUUAUUACAUUUGGGUCAUUGUGUUUUUUCUCAUUUAAUUCAUAUCAAUUUUGAGUGUAGUAUAUUUUGCCACAGUCACUUACCUUACCCCAAUAGCUUAAUGCUGUAACCUAAGUGAAGUUAAGGUCAGAAAAAUCAAUAAAAAUAACAAACACCA